AUGAAGCCGCUGUUUGGGAAGAUCGUGUCGAACAAGAUGCAAAAGUCCGUGCUCGUGGAGGUCGCCCGCAUUGUCAAGGACCCCAAGUACGGCAAAUACUACAAGAAGACCAAGAAGUUUAUGGCGCACGACGAGGACAACACGUGCAACAUGGGCGACUUUGUGCGUCUGUCACCAACGCGCCCGCUGUCGAAACGCAAGCGCUGGAACGUCGAGGAGAUCACGCGCAAGGCCGAAGUGUAG